AUGCAGUGCUUAAUCACUAAAGCUGACCACGAUAUAUUCUACUGUGGAGAGGGUUCUGCGAAACAUUGUGUCCAAAGUUUCACAUGUUCAGUUUGUGGUCAGCUGGGUUUCACAGAGUCGUCUUUAUCGAAUCAUGUUUUUUCUAAUCAUCCAAAUGCUGGUGAUUCAGAAGUACUUUGUCCCUUCUGUGCAAUACACACUGAAGGUGAUCCUAAUCUUACAACACAUGAUAUUGCAAGUCAUUUCAAAAGUGUGCAUAAUCUAUCGCCUUCAGUUAAUGAGAAGAAUAUAACCAAUAGCUCAUCAGCUGCGGGUUCGCUUAUUCCGCGUUUAACUUCUGUUGAUAACAAGUGCUGUGAUACUGCAAGUCUACGAACUCGACAAACUAGUCAACCACGUGCCCAGGAUUUUGGAAAUUUCAACUGUGCUAAUACCAGUAGUAGCACCGCUACAUUCCACAAUCGCUUAAUUACUGACGAAUCAUGUCAUAAUCAAAAUAGUGCAAAUUCAAGCGGUAUAACGUCACAGCCUGUAUUGUAUAAUCCACGUUUCUCUCUUGGCAGUAUAGUAACAAUGAAAAACUUUUUAAAAUCUUUAGAACAUGAUAACAAAAACAAAUAUAAUGAUAAAAAUAGACUCUGUGAUGAGCGAAAUGGUUGUAAUAAUAAACCCAGCAAUAGUAACCGAAAUGAUGAAGUUCAGAACUCAACUGUUUUGCAUCUUGGUCCUGUUGCUAAGGAAACGGAUUCACAAAAUGCAGAUGACAAAUCACCAAAUGGAGAAACUUUAGAAUUUAGAAGUAAUAACAAUCAAGAUUCUGCAAAUGGAAAUCAAGACAGUAAACAGAUAGACUGUACAACAACAACCACUUCUGUUAGCCGAGAAUCAAAAUUUAUAGAAAAUUCAGUUCUUCUUUCCCCUUGUGAAAACGAAAACCUUACAAAUCAACAGAACAUUUCACGUGCUGACAGCAACGGAUAUCUUGAGUCAUUAACCUCAGAAGUAUUAGAUCGUAAAUUGAAUUCCUUAUAUCCUAGUCCUUCAAAAUAUUCGAAAUCAUUAUCAUAUGACUCACAUAUAAAAUCAGUUAAUGAUGACAAGUUAAAAGAUGUUAGCAAAAAGUUAGUUUUUAAUUGUCAUACAAAUGAACACCAAUCAGAAUCAACACCAGCUACUGUUCAAGAUGAUUGGGAUAUUGACUGGCAUAUGUUUUUAAAUGAAUUGGUUUGGAGUAGUCUGUGUAAUGCCGACGCUUUUUCGAGUAUCACAUAA